AUGAUGGAAAUUGCACAGGAGACUACAAAUUCUUCUGGGAAAACCACGGGCGUAACUAAUACCGAGGGAAGUGAAGAGCAGCCUACAACAGGCUAUAUGGAAGGAUGGGCUCUCGCAUCUUUGUCCGUGGCAUUCAUGUCUAUCUGCCUUGUGCUGGCUAUUGAUAAUACAAUUCUAUCGACGGCGAUACCUCGUAUCACUAGCGACUUCCACAGUCUUAACGAUAUUGGCUGGUAUGGGACUUCCUACUUGAUCGCGCAGAUGGCCCUUUUACCGACCUGCGGUCGCCUCUACUCAUUCUAUAAUAUCAAGUGGGUGUACUGUAUCUCGCUGGUCAUCUUUGAAAUAGGCUCCAUCAUCGCGGCAAUCGCCCCGAAUUCUAUAGCACUUAUCACAGGGCGAGCGGUUUCUGGCCUCGGCGCUGCGGGUUUGGUGAGUGGGACGACCACCAUUCUUUCGUAUUGCGUGUCUUUGAAAAAGCAGGCGAUGCUGUCGCCCAUCGUCCUGGGCAUGUACAACAUUGGAUCUGCUAUUGGACCACUCGUGGGUGGUUCGAUAACGGAUAACAAGGCCCUGAAGUGGCGGUUUAUUUUCUGGAUUAAUCUUCCUUUCGGAGCUGUUGGGCUUGUUCUGGUCUGGUUCACCUUAAAAAAUCCCCCGCCUGCAGUCAAGGGAGACCUACCCUGGGCCCAGAAGCUACGUCAACUUGACCUUCUAGGAGCUACACUGCUGCUCGGGGCAAUAUCGUGUUUGAACUUGGCAUUACAGUGGGGUGGCAUCGUCUACCAAUGGUCCAAUGCCAAGGUAUUUGGCUGCAUGAUGGGAUUCGGUCUCCUCUUGAUUACCUUCGUGUGCUUGCAAUUUCGAAACAAAGAAAACUCGAAUAUCCCUCUUCACAUUUUUCGAUCUCGUACCGUAUCAGCAUCAUGCGGCUUCAUGAUGCUUGUUCAGGUGGCCAUAGUACUGCAAUCUUAUUUUUGGCCCAUAUACUUCCAGUCGGUCAAAGACACCAGUGCCAGAGACUCGGGGAUCAAUCUACUCCCAUUGAUCGUGUCGAACAGCCUCGGCACUCUCUGCGCGGGCUCUAUAGCAUCGAGAUUUGGGCACUAUGUACCAUUUAUGUGGGUAGGUCCUCUGGUGCUAGCUACCGGAGGGGGUCUAUAUCAACUAGUCCGUGUCGACAGUCCGCGUGGACAUUGGAUAGGGUUUCAAGUCCUGUCUGGACUUGGCUAUGGUAUCUGUAGCCAAAUGCCGAUCCUGGCUGUGCAGGUUGUCCUCAACAAGCCAGAUAUACCAACGGGCCUUGUCAUGGUCAUGUUCUUCCAGAUGCUGGGGGGUGCGCUGGCCCCUAGCGUUGGGCAGAACCUCUUCACUGAUGGGCUUCUGCAAAAUCUCAGCAAGGUGCAGGGGGUAGAUAGUGAAGCCGUGGUGGCGGCCGGCGCAAGUGGCUUCAGGGCGGUGGUUCCUCUCAAGCUGAUGAAUGCCGUCGUGGAUGCAUACAAUUCUGCUUUGAGGAAAGUGUUCUGGGUGGCGCUUGCUGCUCCAGUCCUUGCCUGGAUAACAAGCUUCGCAAUGGAGUGGCGGCAAUUGCCCGACUCCCAGAAACGGAGUAGCCAACCCCCAGACGAGGGAGACGCGGGAAAAUAGCUUGAUAGCGAUAA